AUGGAUCCAAUUAAGGAAGAGAAGAAAGACUACAAUGAACUGUUUGAUAACAACACAAUUAUGGAAGAGUCAUUAGAUACAUUACUUGAGGAUCAAGAUAUUCCACGACAUGACAGGAGGCCGAGUGAACGAGCGACCGGUUUUGCGCACUUCACACCGCGACAAGGGCGCAUGUUAUCUCGCAUGCUCACUCACACUCACUUACCCGGAUUGUCCAGUUUAGAUCAAAUGCAUUUGUUGGCACUGGCCGAUACAGUCGCCACCUGCAAUACCGAUCUAGCGGAACGGUUCGCCAUUGACGCCGCAAAAUCGGCGAUGGCAAAAGAGAACGUUAUUGGUCAGUCGGAUGAGGUAAUCGUCGACUCUUUGGAUGAUUGCGGACUCCGUUUCCUCUUAGCUAUGAAACAUUACGGCUAUCUACUGCGCUGUCUUCCACUGGCACAACGCGCCCAAUUUCAAAAACAAGGGGUGGGAACCACAAAUUUGGCCUGGGCUUAUCAUUCGGAAACCCAAGAGGAGUUAUUAAAUUUGAUCCCGAGUUACGCUAAGGGCGAGCCGACCUGGUUUCAUCUACGGGAGCUGGGCGUGGGAUGGUGGAUUCGGGGUCUGCAUCUUCUUCGUCAGUGUGUACAAGUGCUGGCCAAAGCGUCGUACAAGGUUAAGCAGGAUCCGCUAGAUGCCGCUUUGUACUACAUCGCCAUGAACAAAAAAAGUUUACUGUGGGGGUUAUACCGAUCGAAAAGUGAUCAAAAGAUGACCCAAUUUUUUUCCAACGAUUUUACAAUCGACCGAUGGAGGAAGGCGGCCUUGAAAAACGCGUAUGCGUUAUUGGGCAAACAAAGGUUUGAUCAUGCCGCUGCCUUCUUUUUGCUAGCGGGAAAUUUAAAUGAUGCCAUUGAAGUGUUGUUGAAUAAGUUACACGAUCUUCAAUUAGCAAUUAUUAUAGUACGGUUGUAUGAAGGUGACGGUCCAAGUUUAAAGCGUUUACUUUUUGAACAAAUUUUAGGCUGUGAUGCGGAUGGUGAGAAUCAAGAUAUUUCGCAAGCGCACCCGGAUCCUUUCCUGCGUUCGAUGGCGUUAUGGACACUGAAAGAGCAUCAGCCGGCAUUAAGCACACUUUUAGUUGGUAACGCUGGUUCACAGCAUGCCGCUCACGAGGACGACUCGCGCGAGACCACCCAAGCGGAUCCUAACGUGUUUAAUUUUUAUGUCUACCUGAGAACUCAUCCCUUACUCGUUCGUCAGCACAUUGCUAGCUCCGGGCAACGCAAAUUUUGGAUGUCUGGGAGAAAACAAGUGAUGAUUGAGGAUACUAUUACUCCUCUAGAGCGUCAGUUGUAUUUUACCACCGCGCAUGGACAUUUCCGAGCUGGAUGUCCAGCAUUAGCUCUGGAGGUUUUGUCAAAGUUACCAUUUGCCGUUACGGACCGUACCAAAAAUAUGUCACCCGUUGCUACUCCAAAGGGUCCAAAAUCUGAGUCUCAAAUAAAUACGGGAAUUAUUCAGCCGCAAUUGAGUGAAAAUACAGCGGAUUUCGAUUGGGGCGCUGUUUCCGAUUAUAAAGUGAAAACCGACGACUUCGAACUCAAGUGGUCUGAUGAUGAGAAAGAGGAUGAGGAUUCAGACGACGGGCUAAAAAUGAAAAUUAACGAAGAACCUCCCGAGCCGGCCACAGAAGGUGACGGAAUCGAGUCAGCAGAUCAAAUUGAUAUAAUGGCUCAGCAGUUGAAAUUCGUGGCAUGCUUGAAAAUAUUAAUGGAGGAAUUGUCGACGUUAGCAACUGGAUUUGAGGUUGAUGAGUUUAAGUGUUUUAAUAAAAGGCGUAAACCGUACCCAUUCAACAGUGGGCAGUUACGUUACCAGCUUUACAUUUGGUUAGAAAAGGAGGUUGAAGCUUUACGUCAACUUUGCAAUUACACCGCUUCUGAUCAUAGUGAGGAAUCCGAUUUAGAAUUGACCGCAGAUAGUGAAUUAGGAGAUAGUAACAUUGCGAGGCCAACUUUGCAUGAGAUUCUUAUACAAGAAAAACUGGAUUUCGAAGCUAAAGUUUUACGCGCCGCCAACAGAAAGCGCUGGCUUAGAGUUAAUGAGACUCUACUCCGUACGUUCCUCAGUUACUGUUCUCUACAUGGUGCCGCGGGUGGACUGGCGUCAGUACGCAUGGAGCUCGUUCUACUAUUACAAGAGUUGCAGCAAGAAAAAACUCAACAGCAGCUUUUAAGCCCCCUACCGUUCCCCACCAGUCUUCCCUUACUUGCUGCUAGUGUUGCUAGUAGCAAAACUGUCAUUGCAGAUCCCGUCCGCUACUUACAAAGUCUUACGCAUGACAUGCUACACACUAUUGUCGACUUGACUCAACCGAGCACCUCGCAGAAUCAACUGUUGGUAUUGCGCGAUCUUGCUGUCGCACUUUCGGCAUGCAUUUAUCAAUCUUUGUGUGAUUCUGAUACGUUCAAAAGCACUCUACAGGAUAACCAGGAUCAGUGUGUGACACAUUUGGUGGGGAGAAGAAGGCGAGGUUCGAUAAACGAAAGACAGCAAAUUCACACCUUGCCUUCGAAAUGGCCAGGCGUGACUAGUCUGAGGGCGCUGUUAGCGCGCGAAAAGGACGAGGAUACCCCGAGAUUAACGGUCGUCUUAUGCGAAGCCUUUACAGCAACUUACCUUUCUCUUUUACUCUACGGUUUGUGUACUUUGGACUGUGUCAUUCUGUUCCACGUGACUGGGCAUACCUUCACACAGGAAACUUGGGGACAGUUAUUUGGCGGAGGCACCAAAAAACUCCUACGUACUGCAAGUGUCACAAAUUCGUCAAACAAUCAAAGCAUUGUGAACACUCCAACGGACGAAGGAAGUGGACCCGCCGUGUGGCUAAAUAAGCAACGGGUGAAACUGAACUGCAAGUUGCUGGGGCAGCAACCCGCAACAAUGAAAGAAGAUAAGGCCACCUAUCGCGAGCAAUUUGUACCUCCUGAAAUGAGUAUCUUAGCCUACUUACUUACAAAGCCUGAUGCGGGCCCCAACUGCGAUGAUGUUUCGAGUGAUUCCGAAAGUGAGGAAGAGGACGUAUUUGAUGCUCCACCGGCUACAGUCACUAAUAAUACCGAACAUUCGGACCCCAAUUCGUAUUCUUGGGUCGUAUUGAAAUUUGCUAUAUUGCGUAUCGUUGAGACACGGAUUAAAGAAUUCCUCGCUGUGGCAGGUUUAGAAGUGUCCGAAUUGCCUGUGGCCAGCCCACUAAUUCACAGCAGUUUGCGACGUCUAAUGAAAUGGCAGGAUAGUUUGAAGAAAGAACUCGAUAAACGGCAGUCCCCUGUGGAGUACAUACCUGGUUGUUUUGUUGAGAGUACAAGUGGGCCACCGUUACAGAAGUAUAGGCAACUGCUUGAGCCUCACAACACUCCGUUCAUAAACAAAAGUGUCGCGAGCGCUGUCCGUCGGUUGUGGACAUUCUUGGUCCACCAAGAUUCUGUCCAAGACAUUUUCAUUAGGGCUGUAUUUGGGAAGCGCAAGUCCGUUUGCGCAAUUGACGAACUAGUUUCCCAGCAUCCCGAGCCGCCGGCCGUUGAACCUGUGCGAAUUAUACAUAAAGAGCAAGAUUCAAUAGCCGCAUUCAGCCUUAACCAGGUUAACAAUGGGUUAAUUGUGAUUGCAACUCCUCGCGAAUUACAAGAAAUGGACAUCUCGUUGCUGUUAGAACUACCUGCUUGGUUAGAAGACGAGUGUGAAUUGGACAUAUUGAAUUUGAAACAGGACUCGACGGAGGUAACGGUUCCGCCCUUCUUAGUCAUUCACAGCGCGGGCGAUAAGACGAAAGAUCAACAGCCCGGAAGUCCACCAUCUGGAAUUGCCAGUCAAAGCGGGCGUGGCACCACAGUGAUGAAGGGGUUAAGUUUUCCUGGAUGUCAUGAUCCGAACUUUGUCCGCCUUGUGCUGCUGAGAUCGGCACACAUGCUUCGGCCGGUUCUGAAACAUCGAGUCGAUGGUAUACGACGAAUAUGCUCGCAUCCAUUGUUGCCAUUGUAUUUAACUGGUGGCCAAGAUGGCUCCGUGCAGUUGUGGGAAUGGAACCAUUCCCAACCGGUUGCUACACCGAGACCUCCGGGAACAUAUGCCAAAGUGACGAGAGUACGGUUUUCGCAGCACGGCAACAAGUUUGGAGUUGGAGAUUCCGAUGGCAACCUGAGUUUGUGGCAAGUUGGACUUUCUGCUAACGCAACGCGUCCAUUUUUUACACACCAGUGCCAUAAUAAAGGAAUAAGCGACUUUGUAUUUCUGGGCUCGUGUAGUUUGUUGGCCACAGCCGGUCACAGUUCUGAAAGUAAAAAUGUAUGUAUAUGGGAUUCUAUACUACCACAUGGCAAAUCUAUGGUAGUCGCAUUCACCUGCCACGAGCAAGGCGCCAGUAGUCUCGUUUACGCCCCCCAACACCAACUCCUAGUUUCUACAGGGAAGAAGGGCGAUAUUUGUCUAAUCGAUGUUCGGUCGAAAACAAUACGUCAUCGGUUUCAGGCACACGAAAGUGCGGUUAAGUGUGUCGCAAUUGAUCCACAUGAGGAGUAUUUUGCGACUGGAUCUGCGGACGGAGACAUUAAGAUUUGGGGCGUAACUGUUCCAACAGUAUUAUUGACGUUACCCGCAGAGCACGCUCGUAGCAGUUUUUUCAAAAAUAUUGGCCAAGGCGUUACUCAACUGCACAUAGACUCUUGUGCACGUUUAUUCUCAUGCGGAGCUGACGGGAGCAUGAAGGUACGAUUAUUGCCAGACAGGGAAAGUUUACUUAGUCAUUAAGGUCAAAGUCGAAAGGGAGGAUAUAAUUUUGUUUUGUAUAGUGUUACAAUUUUACCAAAUAUAGUUGUUAUUUAGCGAAAUGCAAACAAUUGUGUAAGCUUUGUAGAUGCUGGCGCUAGUGUAUUAAAGUGUAGUCACAGUAUUAACUUUAUGCCUAUACAAGAUCAUGUUUGAUUAAUUACAAUCUGGUAGAUCUUAUGUUAAGUAGUUCGCUUCAUUUUAAAGUAAUAUGUAUUAUUGUUAAUAUUUAAACUUUGCCUAAAUAAAUUAAUUCAUUUACUACAUU